AUGGCUGUGGAGACCAAGCAAAACCCCCAACCCCAUCAGUGCCAGCUGGGACCCACUGACACCCAGCCCCAAGUCCUUAAAGACCCCCAGCUGGUGGGGUGGGUGGUGGGUGCCCCUUACUUUGCCCAGUGCUGGUUCCUGAUGGUCAUCUGGGGGCUGUCUUGGGGGACCACCAUGGCUCCAGCUGCCUCAGAGCCCCCUGGUCACAGGGUGACAGCUCCAGCGAUGUCCUCAGGCACGGGCACAGGGCGGGUUCCUGCUCACCCCCCCUCUGAGGAGCCCAUCCUGACCUUCACCUUGAGGCUCCUGGAUGAGAACUCCAGUGCCACUCCAGAGAAGCUGCCAGUGCUCAGCCCUGGCUCUAUGAUGCACCUGGAAGCCAGUGUCCACUUCAGCCCCAGCAUCUCCAUGAGGAUCCACGUGGAUCAGUGCUACGGGACCACCAUGGAGCAGCCAGGACACCCCAGGAGGAUCUUCAUGGUGGUGAACAGCCGUGGAUGCCUGCACGGGGAGAAGCUGGGGAGCGUGUCUGUCCAGCACCAGAGAGGGGGGUCUGUCCUCCAGCUCUCCAUCCUGGCCCCCACACUGCAGGGUGAGCCCCAGGAAGAGCAGGUCUAUGUGCACUGCCUGCUGGUGGCGUGGGGACAAGGACGUGCCACCAGGUCCUGCUUCUACAGCCACACCACAGCCAGCUGGCACAAUGCAGAGGACCCUGGCCAGAGCACCCCAUGCCACUGCUGUGACAGCGGCUGUCCCGCUGCUGACACCCUCCGUGGAGACGUGCCAGCACUCCCAGGAGAGGGGACACUCCACUGGGAGACAGUUGGGCCCGUGCUGGUGCAGAAGGAGAAGGUGCCGUGGUACAAAGCACUGUGCCAGACAGCCAAGAGGCUCCUGCUGGCUGGGCUGGCCCUGGUGGGCAGUGCCGUGCUGGUGGUCGCCGUGCUGGGGGGGCUGCUGGCCCUGAGCACCCGGCACUUGGGCAGAGCCCGGCAGGGACAGCGGCCACCGAGGCAGAGGUGUCCCUUCCAGGCUGAGCUGCAGAGCGUGGUGGGGGCCCUACUCCUCAGGGAGACAGAGAAACAGGGCCAGAUGGGACCAGAGCCUCUUUCUCACCAAUAA